AUACUCCGAAUCAUCUAAUAUAGUGAUUUUUGUUGUAGAUAUCAAUCAAGUUUAUCAUGAAAUACAUUGAUGCAGGAAUAUUAUUAAUAAUACUUUGUACAUUUUCCGAAAUCCAGUCAUCUGAAAUCUUCAGAUUUUGCAACUGGUCAGAUCCGAAAUUGCAGGAUUGCUUGGAAAAAUCGAUUCAACAAGGAAUAGAAUCACUAAGAUAUCGAGAUGGAAUGAAUCUUCCUUCAAGUGAUCCUUUUUUUGUGGAAAAUAUUGUACUCGAUACUGCUAAAACUUCAGUGAAAUUAGAUCUAAAAUUUAACAAUGUGCAAGUUUUUGGUUUUAGUAAUUUGACAGUACUACGAGUCGAUUACAAUGAAAAAGAGAAUAUUCUUUCGUUUGUUUCUGAACAUCCCAGAAUGAUUCUGAAGGGUCAAUAUAUAACUAAAGGAAAUAUAUUGGUAUUAUCCGUCUUUGGAGAAGGAGAUUUUGUGAUAACAACUUUUGACACAAUAAUGAGAAUAGAAAUACAUAUAGGAGAUGGAAAUGGUACUCAUUGUAUCAGAAUUAAAAAAGUUGUACUGACGUUAAAGCCUGCACUUGUUAAAUUCGAUUUCAAAAAUUUGUUCAAUGGUGAUAAGAUACUUGCAGAUACAGUUUUGAAGACGGUAAAUGACAAUUGGGAUUUAGUAUACAACGACGUGGAAAAUGGAAUUAAUAAAGUAUUUAGUGAGUCCUUCGAGCAAGUUGCGAAAAAGUUAUUUGAAAUUAUAUGUUUCCCAAUGUUUCAAAGUUAAAGUUAAAUGUUUGAUCUUUUGUUAAGGGUUUUUAUGGAAAAAGUUUUGUAGAUUCUAUGGUUUUUCAGUUGAAUUAUAUAAUUGAAUAAA